CGCUGUACAUAUGACUUGAUUCAAGGUUAUGUAUACGUGAGCAAAAUUAAAAUAAUAGUGAUCUUAUCAUAUUUUGUGAGCUUUCUUUUUAUUAGGCUAAAACGUGGAAGUCUGUAACGAUGACGAAACAUGUGAAAAUCGGAACACAUGACAAUACUUUUCAUUGCGAUGAAGCGCUGGCUUGUUUUAUGUUGAAACUACUACCAAGAUACAAAGAUGCUGUUAUAGUGAGAUCACGUGAUAUGAGUAUUUUAGAUACUUGUGAUAUUGUGGUUGAUGUUGGUGCUGAAUAUGAUCCUUCCAAGCAUCGUUACGAUCAUCAUAUGAAGAAUUUUGUAGAAUCAUUAAGCACUGUAAUAAAGAAACCAGGUUAUGAUUCGCAAAUUAAAUUAAGUAGUGCUGGAUUAAUUUAUUGUCAUUUUGGUCAUGAAAUUAUUAAAGAAGUGGUUCCGCAAGCAAGUGACAAUGAUGUAGAAUUAAUUUUUAAACAAGUUUAUAAUACCCUCAUUAAAGAAGUUGAUGGUAUUGAUAAUGGGAUUCCCAUGUUCGAAGAGGAACCUGUAUAUUCUAUUGUAACCGAUUUAUCUUCUCGUGUUAAAUUCUUAAACCUUGCGUGGAAUGACAAGAAUGCUGAUGUUAAUGAACAGUUUCUCAAAGCAGUUAAAUUAACUGGGGAAGAGUUUUUGCAGCAUAUAAAUUACACAGCAAAUGUUUGGUUACCAGCUAGAUCUAUUGUGGAGAAAUCUAUUGCAAAUCGUUUUGAGGUUCAUCCUAGUGGGGAAGUUGUAGAAUUAUUACAAUUUGCACCAUGGAGUCAACAUCUUAUAACAAUAGAAAAAGAACAAAAUAUACAGCCUUUGAUAAAAUAUGUUAUUUGUAAGAAUGGUCCUUAUAUGAUUUACACUGUACCUGUGCAUGUUGGGAGUUUUAUAAUGAGGCUAUGUCUACCAGAACCUUGGGGAGGUUUAAGAGAUGAGAUGCUUGUAAAAGCCUCUGGAAUUGAAGGUGCUAUAUUUGUACAUCCAGGCAAAUUUAUUGGUGGAAAUCUAACCAGAGAAGGAGCACUAAUGAUGGCACAUAAAGCUCUUGAACUAGGAAAAGCUACAUAACAAUAAUUUCUAUUAUUUCAGAAUAGGAAUGAUUAUUUCAGAAUUUUAUUUAACCAAUAAAAAAAUUGUAUAUAAUUUGUAUCAAUUUCUGUACUUUUAUUAUAUUCCAGUUAUUUAAAAACAAUGAUAUUAAAUUUAAUUUGUGUAAUGGUAAAAUAAUUCAUUAUCGAAAUUCAUUGUACAAGGCCCAUAUAGAAAUAGCAUAAUUUUUGUGACCUGACUUACUUUUCUC